GUAUUCAGGAAGGAGAUUAUAUUUACAUGGAGGAAUCCAGUGAAGGACCCAGGAUCUUGAGAUGAAAAUAGGAAGUAAAGAAAAUGAGGACACCACACAGUCUUUACAGAUCUUGUAUGCAUAUAUUCACCCUGCUGUACAUACAGGGAACACAAGGCUUGGAAAUUCUAGACUCUCUUAGGUGUGUCAAUAAUUUCAAAACACACUGGACCUGUCACUGGAAUGAAAUGGAGAAAGUACGAGAAAUACUUCCCAUGAGCCUCUACCGCUGGAAUAAGCUGAAUAGUACUGCUCCCUCUAGCAACCAGGAAGAUGGGAAACUUCAUAUGAGCUGCCGCUUUGAUGACAGGUUCAGCUCUUCAGUAGCUGCCAGCUUCGCCUUUGUAACAGAAAAGGAUGUUCAUGUGGAGACUUGCCUUAUACCAACAUCUAAAGUUCAGAUGUUUCCUCCAGAAGACCUUGAACUCCAAAUGUCCGACAAUGGCAAAAUGAGUCUAUCCUGGAGGAUGCCAAAACUUGUACACUCUUCUGCAUCUCUUUUGUACCAAGUCAUCUACUGUAGGAAGGAUUGGGAAACGUGGGAGGAUGCUGUUUCUUUAAAUGUCUUGGGAAAGAUGGAAGUCCAUUUCAGUCCUCAGUCAUUUGUACCUGGGAGCACUUACCUCUUUAGAGUACGUUCUGUGAGACAUGAAGACCCAGGAUACCGGAGUGCGUGGAGCAAAGAACUGACCUGGGCUACGCCUUCAGAUCAUGGAACCAUUAUUCAAAAUUUAAAAUGCGAAUAUGAUGGCUCUGUAAAGAUGAAUUGCAGCUGGGAGGUGAAGAGAGAACUGAUAAGCUCUGUGUCCUUUACUUUAUACUACACUGAAUCCCCCACAGAUUGCAAAUUUGCAUCAACUGAUGGAAAGAAGUCAUGUCUUGGUGAAAUAGAUGAGAGUAAAGAAAGUGGGCCUUAUGUACAGUACAGAUGUUCUCUGCAAGUACCUUUAUCCCAGGCGCAUAAUUACUUUAGUAUCCAAGUCAGAAUGCUGGAGGAGGUGAAAGAUCUUAAAGCCCAUGAGAAUAUUCAGAUUGAGUCUCCCACUGAUCUCCAAAUAAAAAACCAAUCAAGCAAUGGAUAUACACUGAUAUGGAGCCCACCAGAGGUUGUCUUUCCUACUAUCCAGUUAACAUACCAGUUGUGUUACUGGAAGGAGGGAGACCCGGAAUGCCCCCCUUACUCACUGGUCAAUGUCUCAGGCAAUCCACCUGAAUAUUACUUUCCAAUUUCUAAACUUGAGGGCUUCACUCACUACACAGCAAAGGUGCGUGCAAAGCCUGAUGAAAAGUCUCUCUAUAAUGGUCCAUGGAGUGAAUGGAGCCAGAGCAGGUCCUGGAGGACAACCAAUGUUCUAACAACAAACAUCAUAUGCAUAUGCGCCUUUAUUAUCUCCAUCACUAUUUCGCUGUUUGCAUUUUUUGCAUUCAGGUAUUACAAGAGGUUAAAGCAAAGUUUCAAUGAUUCCCUACCCAACCCCAGCAAGAGCAAACUGCUCAGAAAUCAACCACUGGGAUACUGGAAACAGAGCUAUUACCCAUUCAUACAUCGAGACUUCUACGCAGAAGAAAAACCUUCAAUAUGUGUUACAGUCAGUCCUGUGGCACUACAGUCAACAUAUGAAUCGGCAGAAGAAUUGGUGACAGAGAACACUCCAAAUCCUGAUGCUAAUCCGCUAGGACCUUAUUCAUUACCACCACCAGCAGAGGAGAAGAUCAUGCCUGACCAGUGCAAAUCUCUGGGAACUGGAGAGAAAAGUGACACUACUACAGUGUCUACAUCAGAGGUUAAAAAAGGUCUUUCCAAUAAGAGCUAUAAUGGGCCCUAUCUGAUGUUCUCCGGUGGUAAGUCGAUGUCAAAUUUGGUGUCAAAUGAAGCAAAGCAUCCAGGGUAUUUUAGCCUGCCUAGUUGCCAAGCUGAGAUAUUUAAUCUCCCCAAAGAAACUACCCAGAUAUGUCAACCUCAGCCACCUGGGGAUCAAAUGGGUUAUGUGAUCAGUAUGGAGAAACCACUUUCUGUUCAGCCAAUGCAGAAUCAAGACAAGAAAUGUGCUCCUGAUAAUAAAUACACUGCAAUCCCUGCAUCCUCUGACUUCCAAGUAUUGCCAGAAGGACCCUUGAUGAUAAUUAACCCUGAUGGGUCUGGGCCACUUUUGCUUAAGCAGGUUGGAGAUUACUGUUUUUUCCCAGGGCUCCGUGGAAGCCAAGAACAUUUAGAAAGAAAAAUGGCACCAGUCAGUGAACAAAACCAGCAAAAUGCACCAGAAGACCCACCUCUACCUGCUGUACAAGCAUUUAAAGUCAUGCAAAGAGGGUACCUUGCUUUGCCACAUACUUAGAUAUUACACGUUAUUCUCUUAAG